ACAGAUCCGAAGACGCUGCCCUUCUUCCUUUCCUAGGCCAUAUACUUUAGUUUGCAGAGAAAAGGAAGGGGAAGGUUCAAUUAGGGUUUGUGAAUCGGAAAAUCGCGAAGCAGCCGGAAGAUAUGAGCCGGAGUUUGGGGAUACCAGUGAAACUCCUUCACGAGUCGUCCGGUCAUAUUGUGACUGUGGAGUUGAAGAGCGGCGAGGUGUACAGAGGAGGCAUGAUCGAGUGUGAGGAUAACUGGAACUGUCAGCUCGAGAACAUCACCUAUACGGCAAAGGAUGGUAAAGUAUCACAGCUUGAGCAUGUCUUCAUUCGAGGCAGCAAAGUCAGAUUUAUAGUGAUACCGGACAUGCUGAAGAAUGCUCCAAUGUUCAAGAAAUUAGAUGCUAGAGUCAAGGGAAAGAGCUCGUCACUAGGUCUAGGCAGAGGUAGAGGUGCUGCAAUGCGAGGCAAAGGUACUGGGCGUGGAACAGGAGGAAGGGGAGGCGUGCCACCUGUGAGGAGAUAGUAGCUUUCGACUCUGAGACAGUCUCUGCAGUAUCCAGGAGAAUAUGCCUUCUUCAGCUCGUCAUUUAUGCAAUUAGGUUACAGCGUAAGUAAAAAAUCUCUAACAAGGAGACAGGCAAGGGAGGGAGAGAGAGAAAGAAGGACUAGUUCUGUGUUUUUGGGGUACUAAGAUUGUCAUGUUUUCUUCAUAUCGUCGUUUUGAGAAUUCCCACAUCUUGUUGUUGAACAGAGCACUAUAAAAUUUUCUAUAAUUGGUUUUAAGUACUUUUAGUCUUGGUCAUUCAACGCAUAUAUUCUCUGAAGAGUUUACAACUAUAUUGUGCCAAUAAACACAAUUUGUAACAAAAUCACCAAUACUACAAGGCUACAUCCUCUUCUC